AUCACGAAUCACGAUUCACGUCUUCGCAGUUGUAAGUUCACGAGACGAAUUCUUAAACUUUAGUACUAUAGAGGACUUUACCCAUGGCUUUAAAAUAAUUUGAGCGCUGCAACAUAAUUAUUGACAAAAAAGACAUUCUUCUGAAUAUAAUUUUCUAAAUUCUAAUCACUAGACCCAAGUUUAGCAUUAUGAUGUCGACGGCAUCCAAGUGCGUUGAAAAUUGUAUCCGAACGAAAUUGCAAAACCGAUUCAACCCAAAAGUGUUGCAACUCAUCAACGAGUCACACAUGCACAAUGUACCAAAAGACUCGGAAACGCAUUUCAAAGUCGUUAUUGUAUCCGAUGAAUUCGAAGGCAUGCCCUUGAUUAAGAGACACCGUUUGGUAAACGCGAUACUGACGGAUGAGCUCAAGUCCGGCGUACACGCUUUGUCUAUAGUGGCCAAAGCUCCGGCUCAGUGGAAAGACGAACCGAUCGAAAGUAGUCCCAAUUGCCGAGGUGGUUUUGGAAAGUGAACUUUGUGAGCAAAAGGGUUCCGACCUAUUUACCAACCGUCGUAGAUCAAUGCUAUAUUUUAUAAUAAUUUAUAAUCGUAUUGUGCAUAAUAUUACACCUACAGAAAAUUGUCAGUUCGUUUUAAAAAUACAUUUAACAUUUAAAAGCAAAUGUCAAUAAUAUGAUCACAUAUAUUAAUGUUUAAAUAAUUAUUUAUUGAGAACCAUUAAAUAGAUAUGUUUUUACAAAGAUAAUAUAACAAUAGUUUUUAUUCAGUA